CAAUUUAGUUUAGUAGAGUAAAAAUUUAGAUUUUCAAAGUCGAAUAAAGGGAGUGCUUGGUUGUUGAAACACUGAAAUAAAGUAGGCGGGAGAGCUCUGCUGCACGCAAUCCGAUGGCUUCCGCUCGAGUACUGGAACGGUGCAUCUUCUGCCAGAUUGCCACCGGAAAAGAUCCUGGGACAAGCAUCCUGUUCCAAAACGAACGAAUUUGUAUUUUCAAAGACAUUCGCCCGGCAGCGGACGUGCACCUGCUGGCCAUUCCGGGCCACCACAUCGAGGACGUCCGGUCGUUGUCGGCCAGCGAUAGGUCACUGUUGGAAGAGUUCCGAGCGGAGCUGAGCAACGUCCUACGGGACCAGUUCCAAACCGAUCCGGCCGGUGCCCUGUUCGGGUUCCAUAUUCCACCGUUCACCACGGUGAAACACCUGCACAUGCACGCGAUGACUCCGACCUCCAGUAUGGGGUUCAUAUCGAGGAUGAUUUUCAAGCCCGGCUCGCGGUGGUUUAACACGGACCAAGACGUGCUGGACAAGUACACCCCGUUGUUGGUGGAUGAUCAAACAAAACCAGAAUCCUAGUGAUGGGAGGAUGGUCAAAAGGAAUAAUUUAGCAAAAAAGUUGUCACAAAUUUUUAAUCAAAGGAAUUUGACUGUUUUUAAAGUAUAUUCCAUAAUAGGACGUUUAAAUUUUGCCUAAAGAGGGGAUGUAGAUAUCUUAAUCAAUCAAUUU